AUGGGAACCAAAGAGGAGCCGUUGAGAGCUUUCGUGUUCCUCGUCCUCCUGUUGCUGUGCAGGUCCCUAGAUCCCGUCUCGGGGUUCAUACUGAAGGGCUGCCGUACCACCGUCACCACGGCGAUAUGCGUGGCCAACAAGCUCACUCAAAUCCCCAAAGACCUUCCUCCAACCGUGACCACCAUCGACCUGACGCUGAACCGGCUUUCCCGGAUCCGACCGUCGGAUUUCCCGUUCCUUCCCGUCCUGAAACGUUUAGAUCUGAACCAGAACAAGAUUUCCCAGAUAGACCGCGGCGCUUUCUCCGGGUUGUCUUCCCUCCAGAAGUUAAACCUCAACAACAACAAGCUCCUGGAGUUGGGGGAUGGUGUUUUCGAGGGUCUGAGCAGCCUCACGGAGCUCAGAAUCGCCUCCAACAGCAUAAAAUCGGUGGCCUCGACUUGUUUCAGGUCCGUGACGAGCUUGACUUUUCUGGAUAUGUCCAACAACGACCUGCAGGAUCUGGCCCACGUGCGCCUGGUAAUCCGGCAGCUUCCCGGGCUCCGGGACCUGGUCCUGAAGAGGAACCGCCUGACCUCGUUCCGCUCCUGGGAAUUGGCCAACAGCUCAAUUGGGCUAUCGGCCCUGGACCUGUCCCAGAACCGCCUGGAGGACUUCCGCGUGUCCGCGGACGUAUUCCCGAACCUCACGCGGUUCAACAUCGGCGGAUUCCAGAGCAAGAGGCCGAUGGUCUGGGAUACGACGUCUGCCGGGGGAUUCCUCGGUAGGGUUUCAAGGCUGGACAUCAGCGGGUUGCCGGUGGCUUUAAAAGACAUGAGGGCUCUCCUCGGGGCCACAAACGGUUCGCUAGACACCCUGAGGAUGAACUCCAUGAGAGGAAACCUGGAAGCUCUAGUUAGCAUUUCCUGCAGCAUCCCGACUCUGUCCACCCUUAUCCUUCGGAGCAACAACCUCAGGAGCAUCCCGGUUGGCUUUUUCAGACUCUGCGUCAACGUCUCCGAGUUGGAUUUAGCCCAGAAUAAAAUCCAGUUCAUCCACGAGGACGCCUUCAGAUCCCUUGGCCGUUUGAGGAUUUUGACCCUGAGCAAUAACAAGCUUUCGGUCGUUCCGAACGCAACAAGGAAUCUGCCCUUUCUCUCCAAGCUGGACCUCAGCAGCAACUCAAUCGGGGCGAUCGACUGUCGGGAUUUCGUCGGCAUGACGAGGCUCUCGCGCCUGAGUCUCUACCAGAACUCCAUCCCGCACCUGCCGGACUGCGCUUUCGAGGGUUUGGAGAGACUGGAGAUCCUCAAACUACAGAACAGUCACAUCUCCAAGCUAAACGGCGCCUUCAGAACGGACCUGCCGAAGCUCACGAGGCUCCACCUGAACGGAAACCUGCUCACCGCCAUCAAACCGAGGCAGUUCGAGGGCCUGAGGUCCCUCCAGAACUUAUCGUUGCAUUUCAACCAAAUAGCCAAGCUGAGCAACGAGAGUUUUUUUGGCUUGACGGAGCUGGUGGAGAUCCAGCUCCAGUCUAACUUGAUCACCAAAACGGACAUAGAAACGGGCGCUUUCAACGUUCUGACCAGCCUGAGAAGACUGGACCUGAGGGAAAAUCGCAUUAAAUACAAAGAAAGCAAAAAUCUGCCCGACCCGCCUUUCUCUAAACUCUCCCAUCUCAGGGAGCUGUCCAUUCCCGGGCAGCAUUACAAGGGUAAAACUUACCUGCCUCCCAACCUCCUGGAGGGUUUGAGCAACCUCACGCUGUUUGACGCCAAGAGCAUCCUGCUCACCUCUCUGCCCAGAGACAUGUUCAAGUACACGCCCAGGCUGGAGACUCUGGACCUGAGCGUGAACGAGCUGAACGACCUCUCCCCGGAGCUGUUUUCCCCCAUCGGUCACCUCAAAGGCCUCUACAUAUCCCGGAUCACCCUCAAGUCGCUGGACUUCCUGGUUUACGCAAACCUGAACGAGCUGGAAUUCCUCCAUAUUUCAGAUGGAGUGAAGCCUUUAGAUUCCAUUCCUCCAGAUUUCUUCAUAUUUCUUCGUAUUCCUUCAGAUUUCCUCCACGUUUCAGAUGGAGUGAAGCCUGUUGGAGAGCAGCCUGUGCUCGUCCAGCUCGUCUCCGCUCUGCAGGGCCAGACGCAGCUUUUCCCAGAACACCUCGGGGUGCGUUUGGGCGCGGGGCCAGCUCAGGUUCCUCAUGCGGUGGUACGGAGACAGCAGGUAGCUGGGAAUGUCCUCCAGGAAGACCAGGAUCAGCACGUCCUUGUGCUCUUCUGCCUGGUGGGCGCCGGAUUCCUGCGCUACGUCUCCACUUCCUGCCUGAUCCUCGGGUUCCUGGCGGCCUCCUUCACCUACCACUUCACGCGGUGGCAGCUGGUGUUCGCCUACCACCUCUUCAGGGCCAGGCUCUUCGACAGGAAAAACAGGAACAGGAUGGCCCCGCAUCAGUACGACGCUUUUGUGUCCUACAACGCCCACGACGAGGGCUGGGUGAUUUUUCUCUUUAAACCUCCUUUUGACAUGACCCUGUGCGUCUUUUUUUGCAGUUUCCGCCUGUUUGACGAGCACAAGGACGUUUUCCGGCUGUUUGACGAGCACAAGGACGUGCUGAUCCUGGUCUUCCUGGAGGACAUUCCCAGCUACCUGCUGUCUCCGUACCACCGCAUGAGGAACCUGCUGAAGAAAAAGACCUACCUGAGCUGGCCCCGCGCCCAAACGCACCCCGAGGUGUUCUGGGAAAAGCUGCGUCUGGCCCUGCAGAGCGGAGACGAGCUGGACGAGCACAGGCUGCUCUCCAACAGGCUUCACUCCAUCUGA